CGCAGCGCGAGACGCGGGCUAGAAUCAUGCGCUGCCGAUCAAGAAACCUCAGUCUGCAUGCACCGAGCACAACUAACGACGCUUCGACGAUCUCCCGUCUCCACAAGACCACAGCCAACAGGACGAGAGACACACGGCUGCAGGACAGCAGGACGCCAGUAGGGGGCACGCGUAAGUACUAGCGAUCGAGGAGGAGAGGCCGGCCGGCCGGCCAGCACGCAGCGGGAGAUCGAGAUCGAGAAUUCAAGAUGCACCGGUCGUCAAGCUACUACCUCCAGUCGUCCUCUUCGGCGACGACGGUGUCAUCUGCGGCGGCUUCGGUGGCCGGCGGGCCGGGCGGGAACAGCAACAAUGCGGCGGCGAUGGGCGUGGACCAGCUGCCGACGUAUGACCCGCUGUCGGACGCGGCCAAGAAGGAGGCGCUGGACGCCUCCCGCGGCAACCUCACCCACCCCCUCGUCCACCUCGUCCCCGUUGUCGUCCUCCUCUGCGCCCUCCUGCUCUGGUCCCUCUCCACCACCCCCCUUCCCCCCACCGGCAAUGCAGAGGUGGGCGUCGUGGUGCUGAAGAAAGGGAGGCUGAUGGCGCUCAAGAGCGGGCCUGCCAACGACUGGGACGGGUCUGGCAUGAUGGCAGCAGGGACGGAGGAUCCGGAUCUCGACGACAAGGCCGCGUCCCACGGCUUGACACCCGAACAGCUGGACGGCGACACGUUUGGGAAAAGAAUAAAAAAGGACGGACUUAAGAAGUGAGAUGUAUGUAUAAGAUUUUUUUUGUUCUUCUUCUAGAAAUAAAAGAGAAACUAGUUCUCACAAAAGGAGUUCUCACAGAAAGAAAGUGUAACUAGUUGCCUGCAUGUAUAAAAGUAUAUAACCCAUUUAAUUUGAAAACCAGGAUCCUGAUUUAAAUAAGGUA